GUGCUGCUUAAAUGCUCUUCUUUUCUUUUUUUGACCUGGUGCUGCAGAGUGUUAACCUGGCAGGGAAUACAACAGUCACACACUCACAAUGAAAUCCUUAAUGGCGCUGCGACGCGCGCCACUCACAUCUUCCCUGCACCGGUCAUCUCCCUUGUUACUGGAUUUCCUCGCUCCCUCAGCCCUAAGACAAACCUCUCGCCAGUACAACUCGACAGCCUCGAAGCAGACCGCAGUGGCUGGUCAUAACCCCGACCAUGCCUCUCAUUCCGGCUCCUCAAAGCCGAAAUACGUCCUCAGCCCGCAGCAACGCGAAUUCAUGAACAGCGCCCUCCGAGUCAACCAGGCCGGCGAACUCGCCGCCACCCUAAUCUACACCGCGCAAACGCCACAGGUGGUGCGGUCUCACCCCCACCUGCGACCCUUGAUGAAGCACAUGUACGACCAGGAGGCCGGGCACCUGUCCACCUUCAACAAUCUUAUCGCCAAGCAUCGCGUGCGACCAACGGCGAUGUACCCCGUCUGGGAAAUGGCGGCCAGCUUUCUCGGCUGGUCCACCGGAGCCAUGGGGCGAGAGGCAGCCAUGGCCUGCACGGAAGCGGUCGAGACAGAAAUUGGCUCGCAUUACAAUGAACAGGUGCGAGAGAUUUUGUCGUGGCAGGACGAGGCGGAGAAACGAGGCGAGGAGCUGGACGACGAGCUGAAGGAUAUGCUGGCGACAUUCCGACGCAUCCGGGACGAGGAGUUGGAACACUUGGAUCAUGCCGUGGAGAAUGAUGCCAAAGAGGCGCAACCGUACGACCCAUUGGUUAAUGUCAUCCGGUUAGGCUGUCGGGCAGCGAUCAAGAUCAGCGAGAAGGUAUGAUCGCGAGUGGUGGGGGUCCAGUCAUUUGCGUGUUUCAAUAUUUAGAAGAGCUCUUUUAUGCUGCUAUUGUACAGUACGACACUUAUGUCUUUCAAAUGUAUCAUAUUCAUCAUUUCUUUCCGUUUCUUCAGCUAUGUACUGUAUGGGUCGGGAUCUUUUCGAAACCCGAAUCUGUCUAUCAUAAUCUAUCGAACCACAGGGUAUAAUCUUCAACCACGUCAAACCAGCGUAUUUAUCAUCCUCUAAUUCUGAGCCCCGGAGUUCUCCUUCUCCAAGUACUCCACGAAUCCCUUCGAGAACCGCACCACCUGUCGGUACACCUCCUCAAACCCAUUAAC